AUUCGAUCCCUGACCGCGGUCUCGACUGCAUUUACUCCCGCUGAGUGAACUGGAGUAACCUGUAAACCCACCACAGCCAGACCUGUUCGAAUCGCGUCUUUGGAGCCAUGUUGGGACAUUUUGUGUUCUUCCAGAGCGGGAUCGGCAGCUGUUAAGGCUUCACUUCCAGACGGUGCAGAUGGAGGCCAUGGAGGUAGACUCCCCCGUGGAGAUGCGGGGAGGAGGCAGCGAACAGCCAGCGGCUGCUGCAGCAGCCGUGGACGCCAACACGCUGCACGUCAUCUCAGACUCCGGCAGCAGCACAGAAGUGGACGAGGAUGACGAGAAUGACAAUGAAGGAAGACAGACAGCGGCUCGUGUGCCCCCCAGGCUUCCCGCCACCUGGGCGUUCAGUCAGAGAGCGGUGCGCGGCUCUGCAGCCACACCUUCAGCUGCUCAGGGGGCGCCCAUACGGAGGAGGCUCAGGCAGGGCCUCAGGGUGCACUACCCCAGCCAGACUGCAGCGCCCUCCAGAGGCUUUCCAGACUUCCUGCUCCGGGCCCCGGCCGCCAGCGUGGCUGAACCAGAGUCCGGCAGCACCACAGAGGUCAGCGAAUCUGAUGAGGAGGAGGAGGAAGAAGAGGAGGAGGAAGCGCAUGAAGAAAGCACACCUGCUGCGGAACCCGUCCACUCCUUGCCACCGGCUAGUCCUCGCCUCAGCGCCUCCCUCCAGCCACAGGAAGCCAGUCCAACCAACUCCGGUUCAGCUGCAGAUGGUGAGAGGACAGAAGCUCAAAAUCAGGUCGUCCAGUCGGUCCUCGUGGCCUCGGCUUUUGUCCAACCGUCGCAUGGCGAGGAGGGCGAAGGCGACAACUGCACCAUCUGCUUCGAGGCGUGGACGACGGCGGGCGAACACAGACUGUCCGCUCUGCGCUGCGGACACCUCUUCGGCUUCACCUGCAUCCAGCGCUGGCUGAAAGCUCAGGGCCCGACCGCCAAAUGUCCACAGUGCAACAAGAAGGCGAAGCGUUCAGACAUCAUUCUGCUGUAUGCUCCAAAGCUGCGUGCGCUCGAUAACUCCGAGCAGGAGACCUUAAAGAAGUCUCUGGAGCAGGAGCAGUCUCUGAGGAGGAAAGCUGAACUGGAAUCAGCUCAGUACAAACUGAAGUUGCAGGUCGUCAACAACAAAUGUGGACAGCUCCAACAACAGCUGCAGGAGGUGAGGGCUCUGGUGGCCCAGGCCAGAAGCUCAGUUCCAUCCUCUUCGUCCUCGUCCUCUUCGACCUCGGUCCUCGUCGGCCUGUCUCAGAGGGCGGACGGCUCCAGGAUGGCCCAGUACAGUUUCUCUAAGGCGGUGCUGGUGUCUCAGGCCGGAGGCUCCAGGGUUUUAUCCUACUGUGAGCCCCUGAGCUGCCUGCUGGCCUCACAGCCUUCCCCUCAUUCCACGCUGGUGCCCGGCUGUGGCGUGAAGAAGGUGAGCGUGGUCAACAUGAAGGCGAGUCAGUACGUUCCCAUCCACAGCAAACAGAUCCGAGGUCUGUCCUUCAACAGGCAGAAUGACAGUCUGCUGCUGUCUGCUGCUCUGGACAACACCAUCAAACUGACCAGUCUGCUCACCAACACGGUGGUUCAGACCUAUAACGCAGGUAAACCCGUGUGGAGCUGCUGCUGGUGUUUGGACAACAGUAACUACGUCUACGCAGGUCUGAGCAACGGCUCGGUGCUCGUCUACGACACCAGAGACACCAGCACACACGUCCAGGAGCUGCAGCCGCUGCGCUCCAGAUGUCCGGUGGCGUCCCUGUGCUACGUCCCGCGGGCGGCGUCCAGCUCGUUCCCCUGCGGCGGGCUGAUCGCCGGCUCUCUGGAGGGAGGGUGCUUCUGGGAGCAGGUCAACGAGACCACCUACAGACCUCACAUCCUGCCGCUGGAGGCCGCCGGCUGCACCGACAUCCAGGUGGAGACGGAGAGCCGCCACUGUCUGGUCACCUACAGGCCAGGACGCUCCAACCCGUCCCUGCGCUGCGUCCUCAUGGCUCUGAACAGGACGCCUCAGCAGGACUCGAGUCAGCUGCCCAGCUGCUCCUGCUCGCCGGUGCAGACGUUCAGCGCCGGCUCGUCCUGCAAGCUGCUCACCAAGAACGCCGUCUUCAGGAGUCCAGACGGGGACGGGACGCUGGUCUGCGCCGGGGACGAGGCCUCCAACUCCACCAUGGUGUGGGAUGCAGGCAGCGGCUCUCUGCUGCAGAAGCUUCCGGCCGACCUCCCGGUGUUGGACAUCAGUCCGUUCGCGGUGAACGGCGAGCACUUCCUGGCCUCGCUCACUGAGAAGAUGCUGAAGAUCUACAGGUGGGAGUGAGGAAGAAGAACACUGUGUCUCAUCCAGAAAAUAAAAAAAAAACACACACACAAAGUCCGAGAGAGCGAGGAGACGAUGGCGAGAAUCCAAUGCUGCUCAACAUUAAUCUGUAUGUUUACAAAAAACACUUCCUGCGAGCGACCGGGCAGAGGAAACUCUCUCUUCAUCAGUUUUGUCUCUUUUGGAUCAGACGUCCACGUCACUGCGUCCGUUGACCUUUGACCUGUGCAGGAAGCUGAGUGACGCCUGAGUCAGCUGUGGACAGAAAACAUUACGUCCAGCUUGGACAGGUCAGGUAUCGCCACAUGACGGUCGGGUUUUCUACUCUGAAGUGAAUUUUUAACCGAUGGCUGAUCCUCCUGAUCCUCCAGAACUGGUUUACAGAACAACUUUUUACACUUUGAUUUGAACCCAACUGAAACCUCUACCGCAAAGUUUGUUUCGUAUCAGAACGAACAGUCGCCCAAGUUGUUUCCACAUCUAUGGCCUCAUCCCUCGUUCUGAACACGUCGGAUUUUAAUGGUAAUUUCUCUCGAACAGGAAAAGGCUCCUCACAGUCCGUCAGUCCGCUUUACUCUUAUCAUCCUCUGUCUCAUUUCAUUCUUUUAACUUCACUCUCAGCUCAAACAUUAAGUGCCAAAAGACUCUGCUGUUGUAAAUUUUACUUUUCUUUCUAAAGGAAGUUGUACAUAUGUAUAUUUGCUACCAACUGUUUGUGUACGACUUCAGAGUUAAUAAAAAUUAUGAGUUA